ACACUGAGCUGUUCUUCUGGGCGGGGUAGGGUAGGGCGGAGCAACCCGGGAGCUUUAAAGAGCCAAAAACACAGUCUCCACCCAAGGCGGCUGCUUCUAUCCUGCGAGACACCAUGGCCCAGAAGCCCCAACUGCAGCUGUUUGUUAAGGCCAGUGAAGAUGGUGAGAGUGUAGGGAACUGUCCCUUCUGCCAUCGUCUCUUCAUGAUGCUGCUGCUCAAAGGUGCCCCCUUCACUCUCACCACUGUGGACACCAAGAGGUCCUUGGAUGUGCUGAAGGACUUUGCCCCUGGCUCCCAACUGCCCAUUCUGCUGUGUGAUGGGGAAGCCAAGACUGAUACCAUCCAGAUUGAAGAGUUCCUGGAAGAGGCACUGGGGCCACCCAACUACCCCAGCCUGGUUCCUCAAUAUAAGGAAUCGAACAUAGCCGGUAAUGAUGUCUUCCACAAGUUCUCAGCUUUCAUCAAAAACACUUCUCCUGCUCAGGAUGAAACCUUGUAUGGGAACCUGCUCCGUGCUCUGAUGAAACUCGAUAUGUAUCUGACCACACCCCUGGAGCAUGAGCUGAUCCGGGACCCGGAGCUCAGCGAGUCCAGUCGUCGCUUCUUAGAUGGCGACCACCUCACCUUGGCGGAUUGCAAGCUUCUGCCCAAGCUGCACAUUGUGAAUACGGUGUGCACCCAUUAUCGACAGAUUCCCAUCCCUGCUGAGCUCCGUGGGCUCCACCGAUACCUGGAAAAUGCACGGCAGGUAAACGAGUUCAAGUACACCUGCCCACAAAGCUCUGAGAUCUUGGCUGCCUACGCUUCCGUGGCCCGAGCUAGAGCUAGCUGAACACGCGGAAUCCUUCCGACUUGGCUCUCAGCUGCUGUUGUUCCACUGCUCCUCCCUACACCAGCCUCGGGCACACGGACUCGCUCGUUCGUCACCCCCUCUGUGAGCACUCAACGUCCACCCCCUCCACCAUUUCAGGCCUCUCUUCUAGCUCCUGAUGAAGUCACCGCUUCCAGGAUUUCCUCUCUGAUUGCUCCUCCAGGACUGACCUUCCUCACUUCUAGUCGCCGUUGCACUCCUGUGUUGCUUUAGACUGUUAAUUUGCUUCAAAGGAGUGUCCAUAAGCACUCUUUGGUCACAUCUAUGCCCAGGUGUGACUCAUUUUCCUGAGGGCUGUAGAUGUGACAGGCCCCAGUUCCCUGACCACAGCCUCCACCCUCAUCUCUUACCUGACCCCAAAUCUGGUCCCCAUAAUCCUUGGGCCAUUCCUCUCCAUUCACAAUGACCUCUGACCCUGCCUUCCACUCAGGCCCUUCCUAGAAUACCUCAGCAUGGUAUACAUCAAAUACCUGUUAUCCCAGGACUAACACCAGACUUGACAUCAGGCCACCAGGGUGGGGCUUAUUCAGGCUCCUUCCCAAACACUGGGGGAAAUGAAGGCCCAGCCCCUUUGUAGCUCUGCCCAGGGACUCGGAAGACUAGAACUGCUCCUCAAACCUGUUGGGCUGGGCUGAGAACAGACAGAAAAGGUCUAGAUAGGGAAGGUGAGAGGGCAGGGCUCGGAGGCCACCUCCCUGAGCUGGGUGGGGAGAAGAGUAAGGUUGUGAAUGUUUCCAGCCAGCUUGACCACAUUCCCUGGCUCAUUUCUUCCAAUCCCAUCAGUUCAACCAGCUUCUGCCUCCUAACUACCCUUUGCCUUCCCUGCCUGCACCCCAACCCCUCAUCCCCUGCUUCCAGCAUUUCUGGGGCUCUGGGAAGUACCUACUUGGUUACAUCUGUAUUGCUGUAUUGACUGUAUGUCAGACAGUAUACUAUUAGAAUUAUAAUCAGAAGAAUUAGGUUCAAAUUUUGGCUCAGACACUUAAUUGCUCUGUGUGUGUGUGUGUGUGUGUGUGUGUGUGUGUGUGACACUCUGGUUCUGUCACUGCUACUGAAAUCAAAAUAGGUUCAAAUCCUGGCUUGGACAUUUAAUAGUUUUGUGUCUCUGGUCGCUUCAAAGGCUCUUUUGAGUCCUGGCUUGCUCAUUUGUAAAAUAAGGAUAAUAAAGCACAUUGUAAUCUUAAAGCAA